AACUUCCUUUUCGAAGUGUGAUCUUUCUCCUACUACCCGUGUCUUUCUUUCCUUCUUCUUCUUCUUCUUCUUCUUCUUUCUGCAGAAUUAUUUCCCCAGCAAACAAGACAUCUUGCUGGCUAGGAAGGCCACCAAAGGGAUCGUGGAGCACGACUUCAUCAUUAAGAAGAUCCCUUUCAAGAUGGUGGACGUGGGCGGGCAGAGGUCUCAGCGCCAAAAGUGGUUCCAGUGCUUUGACGGCAUCACCUCGAUCCUCUUCAUGGUCUCCUCCAGCGAAUACGACCAGGUCCUGAUGGAAGACCGGCGCACCAACAGGCUGGUGGAGUCCAUGAACAUCUUCGAGACCAUCGUCAACAACAAGCUCUUCUUCAACGUCUCCAUCAUCCUCUUCCUGAACAAAAUGGACCUCCUGGUGGACAAAGUCAAGACGGUCAGCAUCAAGAAGUAUUUCUCGGACUUCAGGGGCGACCCUCACCGCCUGGAAGACGUCCAGCGCUACCUGGUCCAGUGCUUCGACCGGAAGAGACGGAACCGUAGCAAGCCCCUUUUCCACCACUUCACCACCGCCAUCGACACCGAGAACAUCCGCUUCGUCUUCCACGCGGUGAAGGAUACAAUCCUCCAGGAGAACCUUAAGGACAUAAUGUUGCAGUGAGCGGAAACGGGGUUCCACCCCAGGGGAAAUCCUCACCCCGUUGUAGGCCAACCUGUCAGCACUUGGGUGUUUCUUCCCUCCGAGAGAUCCACGCUGUGCCUUGAAGUUAGGAAAGCUGGGAAGCAGAAGUAGAAGAAUUGCAGAAGCUGAAGCGCGUUUUCUGCCUCGCUCCUCAACCCAAGAGCACAACUGAACCCAUAAGAUUUCCUCUCGGCUUUUGAAAAAGCCAAAGUUGUUGGGAAACGCAACAGAGGCGUCUGUGUGAAUUAACCUUAUUCUGCAAGAAUGCCAGAACCUUCUGGCCUUCCAUACCUGUCAGCCUUAAAACUAGUUUUGGGUGCUGAAAUAAU